AUGCAUUGGGUGGUUAUAUUCGCUCUUCUUUUUGUUUCGAUCAACAAAUUCCUACAAUACACCAGUAAUUAUCAUGAAAGAUGGGUUUCAAAGUUGUCGCUAGUCAAAGAGAUUAGGGAUUUGGCUGAAAAUCUUAGAAAGUUGAUCAAAGAACGUAAAGCUAUUUACGAAGAGAACAGAGCCGUUUCUGCUCAGGACAAUUACGCCCGCUGGACAAAGAAUAACAGAAAGAUAUCCAAGCUUGAUAAGGAUAUAGAACAAUCCAAGGCAGCUUUGAAGAAUGCUUCUUCGAAGCAAGAACACUUGUUGAAGAGAGUGAAAUUAAUUGCUUUGACGUUACCAUUUCUAGCAUUGAAAUUGUUAAAGGGUAAAACCAUUGUUUACGACCUACCUGCUAAUGACAUGUUUCCUAUGAUAAUGAACGGGAUUUUGACAAAGGGUUUAUUGUACAUUCCAUUAUUGCCAUUAAAUAUAGUUAGAGGCGUAGAUCCAAACAAGGAUUUGGUGACUGCUGGUGUUUCAUUAUCCGUCUGGUUAAUGGGGUUCACAAAGGUCAUUGACACAGUUGAAUUUAUAAUUAACCAAUUGUUUCUCAUGCCAGCUGUGCCUGAACCAAAACAUGAAAAGAAUACCACAAAGGAGAAAGAACUGGAACCCAAAGAGAUUGAAGAAUUGAAAACAACAGAAGCUGAACUAGAUUAA